UGAAAUCAUUUUGCUAGUAACUCAGGGAGUUUUUUUUCCCCCUUUAAUAAUUUAUUCGUCCUGAGGAAUUUUCUGCCUUCUUAAGAUAUUCAAAGGGUAUUUUUGUGUGAGGCUACUGUAAAUUUGAUCUAAGCCACUUUUCAUGGUCUGGAAUGGGCAAAAUAAUUCUUCAUUAGGUUUUUGUACGUGGUUUGUAUUUAAUUGUCUCGGUGUGACUACUUUUAUUACUGGGGCAAAGGAACAAUGGUCACCAUCAGCUCAGAUGCAACAGGAAAUCCUUCCAUCCUUCCACUUUGGCCCUGUUGUAGCUCCAGCAAGGAAGAUACUAACAUGGUAACUUUUGCUUGCCUGCUCAUUGAACACGGUACAAAGUCUUUGGAGAUCACUUGGGAACCUAACACUCCAGAACCGAAAAAGUUCUCAACGCAGCAAGUGACCGGACCGAACCUGUUCACAACAAGCCAACUCACCGUCUCUUCCUCCAGCUCGUCCGAAGUUCGUUACAAAUGCUUUGUAAAAGAAAAGAAAGAAGUUCCCGCAGCUACCUUCACAAACAAAUAUUGCAUUUUGCAACCUUUGAAACCGGUCGAUGUUCAGAUCUUAACUCCCAGUUGUGGCAAACAGAGCUCAGUGGUCAACGUGGAACUGGUAUGCUUCCUGAGAAGCCUUAGUGGUGGAAAAGCUGAGGUGGAAUGGCUGAAGAAUGGAGUACAGCUACAAGAGAAAGAAGAGGUGUCACUGAGAGCUGUUGUAGGAAAGGGUAGUGGUUACUCCAGUUUCAUCCACCUGAACAUCAGCAAAGAGAGUUGGGACAAAGGGGACCUCUACACCUGUAAAGUGACGCGCCCGCCAGGCAGUCAAAACGUCACAAUGCAGAAUGCCAGCAAAUGUCAAGUGUGCUAUGGUUGCAUGCAUCAACCCAGCAUAUUCUUCACCAAGCCAUCUUACAAAAGCCUGCUUGAUAGGUCAGCCACUCUAGUCUGCACUGUGAUAUCUUCUAAACUUCUCAGCGCUCAGAUCACCUGGCUUGUGGAUGGCAAAGCCAGCAGUGCUGUUGUGAAUGAGAUGGUGACGACGGACGCUAACGGAAGUCAGAAGUUGAGAAGCAACCAUUCGGUGUCUUUGGAACAGUGGACGAAGGGCACCGUCUUCACCUGCAAAGUAACUGGGAGCUGCUUUGAAGAACACCGAAAAGACAUCAUCAUCAAGAAGGCUACUCAAAUGCAAGCACCCUCCAUCAUAAUUACUCGAGCCCCGCUAGAGAUUUCCCUCAAGAGCACCACGGCCCUCAUUCUCAUCUGUGAUGUGAGUGGAUUUUCCCCGGCAGAGAUUAGCAUCUCGUGGGAAAGAAAUAACGUGUCCCUGGACAAAAAGCUGUACGACAACGGGAUCGCCACAGAAAUGGCAAAUGGGUAUUCGGUGUACAGCAUCUUGAAAAUCAGCAGAGAUGAGCCAGGAGGAAAAGGAGGCAGCUACUGCUGUAUCGUCCACCAUCCCGCUUCUCAAAUCCCAUAUGUGGCAUAUGAAAAGGUACCCAUUGAUUUCCUGGAGCCUCGAGCACCUAUGGUGGAACUCCUACAGUCCAUCGAUCGGGAGAAGGACGCCGUGGUGUUGAAAUGCAUCGCGAUGAAUUACAGGCCCCCGAGUGUCACCAUCACAUGGGUGGGCGGCCCGCAAAAUAAGAAGCAAGUCAUUGUGGACCAGAGGAUGGCGGAUGGGACCUACUGGGCCAGCAGCCAACUCACCCUCACCCUCUCCCAAUGGCAAGAAAUGGACAGCAAGACUUGUGAGGUGGUACACCAACCGACGAGUACAAAAAAAGUCCAGAGGAUUUCCAGAAAAGACUGGGUUAUGCCCACGGCUCUCAUGGUGACUCUCAACGUCCAUCCACCCUGUCCAACUUUAGGGACCAUCAGUAGUGUGACUUUAGUCUGUUCCAUCUACAGCUACUCCCUAGAGAACAUCCAAGUCACCUGGGUACCAGAUGGGAAAUUUCAAACGUCACCAAAGGACCGGUCAAACAGUAUCCAGUUCUACGCUAGCAGCAACUUCACGGUAUCCCUGCAGGAGUGGAACAAGCUAAAAGAAUAUACCUGCAGAGUAACUCAAGCUGGAAGAAACCACACAGAGACAAGAACUAUCAGCAAGUGCAGAGCCUGUAAGAACAGUGUACCACCUCCCACAGUUCAUCUACUCAAACCACCCCUUGAGAGCUUCUUCACUCAAAACAGAGCUAUCUUGUCUUGCCUCGUGGUGGGCUAUGAACUGGAGAAUGUCCUCCUCACCUGGACGAUGGAUGGACGGAACCUCACCACGAAUGCCACCAUGGAAAAAAUCAAGAGACACCCAAAUCGGACCCGAAGUUUCCAAAGCCAACUUAACCUGACCCGUCAGAACUGGGAGGCUGGAAAGAAAAUUGAAUGCAUAGUUUCUCACCUUUGCUCGCUUUUCCCCGAGGUGAAGCAGAGCAUCCAAAAAAGAACAGAUUCCAGCCAAGUGCCUUCUAUCUCCUUGGUCCUUCCAGCGCUAUCGCAACUGACGCAACCUACCUCCCAAGCUGUUGCUUGGUUGGCUUGUGUGAUCAGUGGAUUCUCCCCGUCUGAGAUACUCGUCAAAUGGAAGAAGAACAACAGAAGUCUAGAUGCUUCUGAGUAUAUCGUAGGCCCAUCAACGCUUGAAACUGGGAAGUCCACUUUCUCUACUCAAAGCGUCCUGAAAAUCCCAGCAUCUGAAUGGGAAAAUAGAGCCAUGUAUACCUGCCUUGUGGGACAUGAAUCCCUAACUAUCAUGAAGGGCAUCAGUAAAUAUUUGUAUGGUUUCCUGAAACCCACUCCUCCACGAGUGAUGGCCUUCCACACCUUUGAGGACAAGGGCUACCCAAAACUUGUCUGCUUGGCUACCAGCUUCUACCCCAAAACCAUAGACAUUCAAUGGAGCACCAAAGGAGACAAACUCAAUUCUAUUCCAAAUUGUUCACCGCCAGUGCCCCUCCCUGAUGGGACAUUCCAGAAGGACUGUAGUUUGACCAUCCACGGAGAAGACUGGCACCAUCCACAAAUAUACACAUGCACCGUAAAUCACCGUGCAACCAACUUUGUGAUUAAGAAAGAUGUGCAUUCUUCAGGAAUGGCGACAUCUCCGAGCAAUAUGGAAGCGAUCAAGAUGCAGUUGCCGUCCUUCGAAGAGCUCUUCACAAACGGAAGCGCAGCUCUAACCUGCACGAUGUCCCUCAUGAAUGCCAGUGCCAAUGCAACCUUCAACUGGACCAUGGAUGGCAAACCGGCCAACAAUAAUUUGGUGACAAAUGAAGUCUUCCAAGAAACCAACUACACUUCUAUGAUGUAUGGCCGACUGCAGGUGAAUCUGAGUGAAUGGAUCAACACCACCCAAUUCACUUGUAGCAUCCAGAGUGGCCUAGGAGAAACAGAGAUAAAGCAUUUUGACCGAAGGAAUGGAACUAUGAGACCCCCCAAAGUGGAUCUCCAGCAUCAGUCGUCCAGCGAAGACUUCAAUGUAACCCUCCUGUGCAUAGCGAAAGAUUUCUAUCCUGAUGAAAUCUUUCUGAAGUGGGAAGAAGAGAACCAAGAGAUGUCCUUCAAGGGUUACGACGCCCACGGCAUGAAGUGCGACCACGAGAAACAAACGUGCUCCUUGCUAAGCAUGCUCGAAGUCCCCACAAGCAAAUGGAUGACGGGAGCCACCUACCGAUGCCUUGUAGCCCACGUCUCCUCUGAAAACAUAAUCGCUAGAACAACUAAUUUCUUAACUGAUUCCUGGGAUUGUACCCUCAUGGGAGCCGCUUUCUGUGACAUCCGCAAUGAAAGUGACGAUGAAUAUAGCGAGCUGGAAGAAGCCAAUGGCGUCUGGAAUAAAGUUUUCACCUUCAUUGUCCUCUUUAUUCUGGCCAUAUUUUAUGGCGGCCUAGUUACUUUCAUCAAGGUGAAAUAACCAUCACCCCCUUUCAUUUGAAGCACGCAUUGAACGAGACCACACCUUUCCCCCUCCAUCAUCCAUGUCUCUCGUUCAUCCUUCCUGACCACCGUUCUGAGCUACAUGUUUCAUGGAAAGUCACAGCAAAGCAUUAAAUGUCAUAAAAACAAUCCACUUCCAGCCGAACCCGUUUCUGCGUCAGCCCUAGGAAGAAACCAGUUGGUUUUCUACCGAGAAGAAAAAGGCUCUAGAAGAGAAGGGAAGUUUAAUAUCUUUACCCAAAUGUUCACAAAUGCUAAGAAAUUCAUGAAGGGUGCACCAAUACCUAAUUGUUAUCCUUAUGUCUAAAAGAGAAAUACGAUGCCUUUUCCAAACCAAGCCACCGUUGGAUCAUGAUUAAUUUACUGGCAUGGCACAUUGCAAUACUUGACGGGACGCUCUGGUGUGCUAAAAUCGCUUUUCAGAAGUGACCCUGUUUUUAUUUUUCAAGAAAAGAGGGCAAAUGAAAACCGGUUCCCCCACCUCCAAUACUGAACUUACCAACUUAUUUUCCAACAUCAAUUUUGUUCUUGAUCAGCCCUCUAAUCGGGCUCCCAAGCUCUGUUUUCGGCUGCGACGGCCUCUGGCAACCCUUGGCCAGCAAAAUUGGAGCUUGUAAGGGCCGCCCAUGGUCCAGAUCUGGCCUGCGGGCCCACCCUGGAAACAGCAAAGGACUAGCCCGCAGGUGGCCCUCACGAGCUCCGUUUUCACUGGCAGAGGGUUGCCGGAGGCCGUUGCAGCUGAAAACGGAGCUCGGGAGGGCUGUUUUCACUGGCUGAAGGUUGCAGGACACAUUGCAGCCAAAAACGGAGCUCGGGAGGUGCUCUGCCGUUUUCGCUGGCAGAGCACUCAUGCCCCCACAGAAGUCCCCGACGUGAAUGAUGCCAAGUGGCCACACACACCCUGCCCUCCCCCGCAAUGUCAAACACAACCCUCAUGAGGCCCUCAAUGAAAUCGAGUUUGACACCCCUGCUCUAAACAGCUAUUCCCUAUUUUCUUUAAAGUCAAUUUAAUUAACUACUUCGUUUACUUCCAGUUAGGCAUUUAGGCCCAGAAAGUUUCUUAGUGCAACAUAAAAAUAACAUACUAUUUUCUAGAGUGUCCAAAAUCAAGGGCUGUUUUGCUGAAAGUAGAAGCAUCUACCAAUGUGUGUUGUAUGUUCCUUGAUUAAGGUUAUGUAUGGAUAUAUCAUGAUUUGGCAUAAAUGAGCAUGAAUCUUUUUUCAGUUUAUGACACUGAAUAACACUGUCUUACCAACUGCAUUUAUUUAUCCUCUUAGCACUAAAUUUUGCCCUCCACUGCUAUAUAAAUUGCAUUAAAACAGGUUUUUACUGCAUUUCAUUAUAUUGCGCUACGUUUUAUGCUGUGUUCUGCACUAUUUGUAAGAUCGUUGCUUAUUUUUUCUGGAUAUAUAUAUAUAUAUAUAUAUAUUUACUUCCAUAGUUGCACUGAAUCUGACUAUAUUA